AUGCCGAUAUCCUCCGAGAAUAUCAUGAGGAGGAGUGAAGUCGAAGCACGGAUCGCAUUUUUCUUGGCGGAAGUUUUGGCAGGCAAGUGCAGCCGAGGCGCUCGUUCCCAACUUCCACCCAGGAUUUUUCUUGCACAUCACGAAUUCAACAACGGAGGACGGCAGCAUUGUGUUGGCAGGAUGUCUAAACGAGAGUGGGAGGAGGGCGGUGGCGGCGGCGAUGGCGACGGCGACGACAGACCGCCAAAGCGUGUUCGGGCAGAACGUCAGGCACCAAUAGUGGAAGAGAUUCACUAUGCGCGACAACUCCAGCAAUUCCUGAGCUUCCGCCAAGAUGGCAUCCCGCAGCUUCGCAACGGCAUCGCAUCGUUCAAGAACUUCCUCGAGGCCAUUCUGUACCAUCGCGACGAGGAAGGCCGCGCGCGUCAAAUCUCCAUCCUUCGCGAAUAUCUCGACUCUCAGAAACCGGCCGACGCCAAGAAUGCAGAGCAACCGCUUCUGGCCCAGCUCUGGCAGGCUUGGUCAUUCGCAAAUCAGAACAACAACGACCGCUUGGCCUCCGCCGUCAGUGCGGUAAUCGCCCUUUUGCUGAAGACAUUGUCCGGAGAACUGGCACUUCGAGAAUAUGGCAUUCUCCUGUGCCGCACCGUCCUACAGCACCAGCAUCUGCGCAUUCUCAAGCGAUGUCUGGAUGCACCGCAGCACAAGGAUUUCCUCAUCUCACCUAGCCUACGACUGAUCACAGAGGUGGCCACAUUCGACGGUGGAGUCUUGGCUGCUAGCACAUAUCGAAAGCGGGAACUGAGCUUCGAUCUCAGCACAAUCCGGCGCUGCUUAGGUCUGGUCAAACUGGAUCUUUCCGAGGAAGAUGCCAAGCGACGUCCUUCCAUCCGCACUCUGACUCUCCGAUACAUAAUAGCUCUUAUGAAAUACUUGCCUCCUAGGGAUAAGAUUGAUCUAUUGCAGAGCAGGCCACUAUGCAGCUCGCUCUUUCACUUCCUCCGAGACGACCCGGCAGACCUCGUUAACGAGCUUCUGGCUACGGUGGAACACAGCAUUCUCAAGGACGGAGAAGUAGUACGCUCCGCGAAAGCAGCCUUACUGACGCCCCAGAACCUGGAGAAAGUCACAGAAAUUGCCACAAGGAGCGCAGAGGACCAUCCCGCUUCCGUUAAAGCCUUCGCAUGGUUGAAGGCGGUGUGCACAACUCCUUCAUACGGCAUUCUCAGGCAUAAUGGCUGGUAUCCUCCUCGCACCACGUCUCUUAAUAGCAGAGCACAAGACGGCAGCAUCGAUUUAGGUCUCGAAAGCAUCGACUUCUAUGACAGACCUGGAGCGAUAGAAGUGCGCAAUCCGACACUAUUGUCUUGGAUCCUGACAUUGCGCGCUCACAACAAUUUGCAAGAACGCGAGCUACUUCUCUCCUGCUUUCAGGCCGCUCCAGAACUCGUUGCUGCCUACUUCAACGAUCGCAUAAUUCAGCUGGAUCCGAAACUGUCGAACACGUGGAUAGCAUACGCAUCACUUCUUUUUGAGAUCGUGAACCUGCCCGUGCCACCAGAAUUUGCAGCAGGAGAAGAGCCCGUCUCUUUGCCACCUCAGACCAGGAUCCUCAUCGACAACGUACUGCCGCGGCCAUUCACACAACAGAUUUUAACGCGCUGCCUAAACCAAAGCAGCGAACUGAUCACGUUCUUUGCAGUACGCAUCCUGGUCGUGGCGUUUCAGAAGUUGGGCACAGUUUUGCAACAGCUUCAUUCAAAGACCGAGGACAACCGAGCUUUAUGGGAUGAAGCUGCUGAACGACUCAAACAGCUAUUUGUGGACAGGUGUCCCGCUAUGAAAGAUGUCAUCCAAGUCUAUCGAAAGCUAGCGGACGAUGAUGACCACGCGAUGCAGCGUGAGGCGGUCUCAAGACUGCUCCAGCUAUACUACGUGAUAACGCCGUCACAGGCAUCUGAAGAACAAUUCGAUGUAUCAUCCUCGCUCACGACUGCAUUACUACGCAGCGAGAAAGCAGACACCGACGCCGGGGCUGAAGUAUCUGGACUUCGAAACCUAGAGCUUCAGCAUUUGCUCAAUAUCGCUCAGUACAGCACGGGCAUGAAGUGGUUCCAUAAGCAAGGCGGCUUGUCUUAUUCUCCAAUCACUACUUUGCUACGCAUACAUCGUCUCGACCCCAGAAAUAAACAGUUGAGACAUCUAGUCGAGCAUGUACUGGUUGAGAAUGGACUUGUGAGCUCAGGCGAAGAUGGUAGUACUUCAUCUGCAACGACUGCGCUUGUCGCCAGCACUACACAUCUUGAAGACGAAAGUGUUGUGUGGGACUUUCUAGACGACUUACUUGGUCGAGGAAGCCGCAAGCCUGUCAAGUACAUUGACGACUUGGAGCAACUGGUUCCUGGUGCUCCACUUCCGAGCAUGUUGUCGGCUGUGGUGCUAGAGCAAGCCUCAUUUGUCAAAGCGGGCGACAAGAGCGAAAGCAAGCCAAAAGCAGCCUGGAUCCAGCUUUUUCUCGACCUGCUGCGGCUUACAUCAAAUAAUGGAGACGUUCUUGACAAGGUCGUCAAGAAGAUCAACAAAGACCUCGGAUCGCUUCUUCAGUCCUCAUCGCAGGAUAUACAAGGCCUUCUCGCAGGCGUGCACUUCCCGUCUGAAAUACAACAAGACCCAACCAACCACAGCGACGAGGACAAAACAUCACAUCCCCAACCCCUCCCAUUCAACCCACCACCCCCAGAAACAACUACCCACCCCGAACUCUCCCGCUGGCACCAAAAAGACCUCGACCUAGCAAUCACCGACGGCGACAUCACCGCCCUAAUCCUCAACCUCAGCUCCCCAACCUCCCCCUCCCUCCGAAUUCAAUCCCACAUCCAACUCACAAAACUCCACCACACCCUCAAAACCUCUUCCUCUUCCUCUUCGCUAUCCGAAAACUCAACCCAAAUCUCCCUCCUCAUCGGCGAACUCCUCGAAACCUACCCCACAAAUUCCACUUCUUCGACCCCUCUCCCCUACCUCGCUACAACUUUCGCAACCCACGCUUUAAAAGUCCUCACAAACCCCACGCAUUUUUUAUACCCGAAAGUCAACAAAUUCCUGAUGAGAGGGCCGGAAUGGAGGGUGAGGAAACUCGCGGGGUUUUGGUUGGAUUUUGUUACAUCUUCAUCUUCAACUGAAAAUGCUGAGGAGGAGGAGGAGGGACAUUUCUGGAAAGAAAUCGCAUGGGUUUUGGAGUGGUUUGUUGAUGGAUUGAGAACGAGACACGAUCUGGAUUGUUUUUUUCUCGGCGGAAGAGGAGGGAAUGGGGGGAAGGUUUUCGAGAGGAUUUUGGGUUUGGGGAUGAGUCCUGCUGGUGCGGCGGUGGAGGGGAGAGGGAAGGUUAAGGUGAGAGAGAGGAUUUUGGAGUUGGUGUUUCGAGCUACGUGUGUGGAGGGUGGAGGGUGGAGUUUGGGGACGAGGAUGGGGGUUUUGGGGUGGUUGGAUAUGGUUGGAAGGGAGGAAAAUUGGAGACGGGAUGUGGUGGAGGGGUUGAAGGAGAAAAUUUUAGAGGGGGUGGAGGGGGAGAGGUUGAAGGGGUGGAUGGGGGUGAGGAACAUGAAGGAUGGAGCUCUCCAAACCACAUCACAUCCUCCCUCAACUCAAAUCUGCAUAUAAAUAUCCCUAUGCCUCUCCUUCACCCUCUCAAUCAAUUUCCUCAACGUAACCACCCCCUCAAAUCUCCCGGCAUUAAUAUAAUGCACUCUCCUUAUCCACUUGUCCUCCUCCUCACAUCCCACAAGCCUCCCCUCCUCCGUAUUCCAAGAACACUCCAUCUUCUCAAAAGCCGUAUACCCAAUCUUCGCCUCCACCUCUCUGAAAGGAUUCGGGGUCAAAAGCUGCAAAUCCGGCCAUAUCUGUGGAAUUGGAUUCGCGUCUGCAUUUUCGAGCAUUUCUGAGAUUUGUUUUACGGUUGAGAAGACGAUGUGCAGGUCUUUUAUCGGGAUGUGUAGAGGUUUGUUGGAAGGUUCAUUGCCUUCGGUUUCUCGGUUAUGGCGGUCUUUAGUUAAGGACUUGAGUUUUCGCAUGGGGGAUGAGGAGGUUGUGGAGUUUUCGAAGCCGGGUCGUUUUUCGAUUAGGAAUUUAUGGAGGAGGGGGUUUAUUCGGACGCUUGGGUAGUUGAGCAUUUGGCAAAAUCCGUGAGGGGGUAAGGGCGCUUUGGUUUCGUAGAUUUUGUGUUUGUGGCAGCCGCGGAUUGUUGUGGGCUUUUCGCAUUCUUCUCGGGGUUCGAGCCAGAGGUGUCGUCUUAGUAGUUUUGAAUUCUGAAUCGUGGCGCGGAAAAAUCUUGAGACACUUUGGGCUGAGAGGAGGACGGUGUACAUGUCGACGUUCAAAAGAAUUUGCUCCAGGAGCUCGGCUGGAAGGGCUGUGAUAAGGUCUUUGCAAUUUUGAGCUUUUGGUGUUUGACGUGAUUUUGCCGAUUGCUGUGCUGGAUCGCGCAGUUCCCCAGGAGGCGAGCGCUGCUGUUCUUUGACGGGUCCUAAUUUCUUAAAAAUGCGUGGCAGCACACUUUCGGGCGUCGAUGGGUCUAUGGGAUGCAUGGCAACCCAUUCCAGCUGAAUAAAUUCAUCCAGGAGUGAUUCUGGCGCCAUGAUCGAAGUUGGUGGAUUUGUCGUUGUUCCUGUCGUUCUGAAGCGAUAGUGCGAGAAAUACUUAUAGAGCCUGUUUUGCUGAGGACAAAUAUCCAGGGCGCACAUGUGGAUUUGUGGGUUUGAAUCUUGUCGGGAGCUACCAGGAGAGCUCAGAAUCCGGUUAGUCAUCUAUGCUGCGUUACCGUGGUUGGCAGCCUGUUUCAGCAAGGCGGAGAUCAUUUUCUAGAUGCAACGUGACACUGCCAUGUGCCAAAAUG